CGCUCCUACAUCCUCCUUCAUCACUUCUAAGGAACCCCCAUCCCUUCAAAAUGUACAAGCUGGUUAUCUUCUCCGCUCUUCUGGCCGUAGCCGCCGCCGCCCCCGGCUACAUCGGAGGCUACGCUGCUCCCAUCGCCGCGGCUCCCAUCGCUGCCGGUUGGGGACAUGGCGUAGUUAGCGCCCCCAUCUACAGCGCCCCCGCUAUUGUUAAGACCGCCGUACCUGUCGCCACUUCUUAUGCUAACACUGUUAAGCUGGCAUCCCCCGCACUGGUAGCAGCCCACGCGCCCAUCGUGGCUGCUCACGCGCCGCUGGUAGCCGCUCCCGCCUACGCGCACGGCUGGUGAUCAGCCAGCAUCAGCCGCAACAGCCGCAACAGCCAGGCCUAUUCCGGAUAGUGCAACAGUCAACAUCUUCCCUGUAUUUAUUAUUAAAUAGCAAUAAGAACAUUCGGAAUGACAGAUUGGAGCAAAAAUCUAGCUCUCAAGAGUUGGAAACUUGUGCCAUGUUUGGAAUCGUAAUAAAAUGCAGUAAAUUUA